AUGACCAGGGGAGGGGGGAUUGAAGGGUACAGCACUAAGCAUUGGACAGUGCAGGAUGACGAUGAUAUGCGUAAACAAGAAGUCGAACAAGAAGCACGGACUAACCUGAGUUAUAUACUUUUUUACGUCGGUGCAACGAUUCGCCCGAUUUUAUACGCUAAGGAUCAGUCGAGUCUCCGGGAGAUGGCCGUAAAGAAUCCGGAGUCGCUCGUUCGGGGACAUGAUCAGCUUCAUCUUUGCACCUCGCCUCCAAUCUCGUACAGUUUCUGCAUUGAGCGUCCAAUCGACACCUCACCGGAGAGAAUGAUACACUUGCCACGGCUAUACGCUCUUGGGCUGGUAUAUGUGAAACAACUUGACUGCUUGCGCUCUCCAGGCGACACAAGCGGGCACGAAAGCAGGAUCCCUGGCAUGCCUGGAUCCAUCAUGACUAUCGCGCCCACCAAGUUGAACGUCAACACACUCUCACCUCAUCUUGACAUUGUCAGCAGCUCACAAAGUUACUGGAGCUGAAUCAACCAACUGAAGGUUCGGCACCAAACAUCAUACGACCGACAAAACUCCAAUACAUAUAUAUUUUAUGUGCACGUAACUGAUCCUAUCUCACCACCGAAAGCGCAACAGUAUGGAAACACGGCACAGAGAAAGAUG